GAAUGGUUUAAAUGGACAAGCAGCCGAGCAAAUUGUGGCUUCCUCGAGCUCAUCGGGCUUUUAUUCUUUGUGGAGCUAUUGUAGGCAUAGUGUUGGUAGCUAUAAUCAUUGCUGGAACUGUGAUACUCAUGGGUUUCAAACAUGAAUUUGCUUCGAAGAGCGACGAAUCAUUAAGCCAAAAUGAUGAAACUUCUUAUGUUACACAAGUCCCAAUAGAUGAUGGACAAACCAGAGAAAGCACAAGUGAAACAGGUCCAGCGACAGACUCUCAGGGUGGGGAAGUCACGCCAGGAAUUGAUGAUCCUCCAGGUUGCCCCGACAUGAUUUCUCGAUAUGAGUUGCUUUUUCGUGGAGUCGAUGCCACGCAAUUGUCACAUCUUCCCAUUGAAGGCUACGGGCCUGUCGGCUUCAAGAGCAGUUUAAUAAAACUGACAUGCGCCCAGAAUAAACAAUGGACUAGUCCAGAAAACAUAAAUUACCAAAUCGCUGACCAAAUUUCAGAAGUAGAGGAGGUUCCAGCUGGCGUACAAGAUUCCUAUAAACGAAGAACGUAUAACACUCACCAUGAUUUCAGAGCCCAAUUGCUACAAAAUUCAGCAAUUGAAAGACAAAAUGGGUUGUUUGCCAACAACACUGAGUAUCAAAAACAAAUGAACAACAUUUUAAAUAAGAGUCAAACUGCUGCAGAAGUUAGCGCGAGUUUUUCAGUUUUGCGAGUUUCUUUGCAGAAUGAAUCAAUAUUAGAAAUGAAACCGGAAGUUAAUGCUGAAGUAUUGGAUCUUCCAAACCGUUUUGAAGACAGUCCUGAGGAUUAUUUUGACUUCAUUUCUAAACAUGGAACUCACUUUUGCUCUGUGGGAGAAUUCGGAGGAACGGUAAAACAAGUCUCUUCAACAGAAGUGUCGUUCUAUCGGACAAAUUCAGUUGAAAAUGCAGCUGAGGGAAAUUUCAACUACACACUGAAUUCUCUUGCAGUGAAUGUUGACAGUUUUACGUUCGACGAGGAUUUCGUUGCUCAAUCCUCGCAGUGAUAACCAGUUAUUACGGUGGCAAUGAGUAUUUGCUCACAACUACAGGAAAUGCCGAGUUAUGGUACCCCACCAUCACACCUCAACCGUGGCUGUUGAAUUGCAAACUUGUCCCUAUCAGCCAUAUCAUGAAGCACAGUGGUAAACAAACAUCUAUGGAUCUAGCAGUGCAGGCCUACCUGAACAAAGCCUAUUUAGCAGAAGCAGUUGAGACUUUGAAUGGACUUCUGAACGACUACCCUGAAGACAAGAGUCAAAUUACAGACCUCAUUGCCCACGCUAAUGAAAUGAAAUCAGCUGCAGUUCCAGUACACGCUUCUGUGACGGAAUUAAGUUCACGUGUUAGUCCCGGAAACUGGUGGCAGAAUGUACGUUUAUGUUUCCGCUCAACUGACUGUGCGAAUAAUGGAAACCCACUUUGCACCGAACCAAAUGCAUUCACUUCGGUAUACACUGAUAUAAAUAACGAAGUUGGCCGCGAAUGUUCUAUGAGCUGGGGUAUAAUGUCACCGCCUACUGAUCACGACGAAUGGUUCAGUUCGGUCGAAAUCUGCUUUAGAUACUCUGAUUUCGAUACUCAGACGUGGUACUAUCAAAGGGAUUGUAAGCCAAACACAACUGUAGAGUGCAUUUCAGUGAACAGAUACAUGAAUGAUAUCAUAGAUCGCAGAUACAAGUGGUGUCUCUCCUGGAUGUUGAAGGUACCAUCUACUUCUCCACCUUGGAUGCUUCGGAGCAAGUUGUGUUUGAGACACAAAAGUCAGUCUAGCUAUUGUUCUUCUCUGGCAGAUCGGAAAAUUAACGGUGUUUUGUGUGCCUUCGCCAAUGAAUGGAGUGCAGAGUACUUGGAUUAUGCAACGACUCAUUCAAGAAACUGUGAGAUGCAAUGGGGCAUCUUCGAGCAACUUGAGCACGAACCAAUUAAUUUCACAAUUAAUAUCUAAGAAGAACUCAAAUAUAUACAUCUUAUUUUCAAACUAACCAACUGCUAUAUUUUACUGAUCACAUUAUGAAACAUAAACUAAAAAUCUGAAAUGUGAGAAUGUACAGCGCGGUUACCUUUGAUUGUUUGUGGAUGAAAAUCUAA